AUGUUCCUGCUGAAGGUGACCGUGGGUUCCCUGCUCAUCCUGGCCUUCUUGAAGGCGGUGGUCCUGUUCUACCCGAUGGUCGUGCUCCACCGCCACCUGACGAACGUGCCCCUGAGCUACCUGAUCAAUGAGAUCACACUUGUGAACUCCUUGGAGAUGGUGAUCACCGAGCCUUGCCUGAUGUUGCAAAAUGUGGUCUUCCUGGAGCUCCAGAUCUACCUGACCGCGAGGGUCGUACGCUUCCAGAGCCUCCUGACCUUCAUCACGGCGGCGUCCCUGCGCUUGACGGCGGUGGUCCCGUUCAUCCCGAUGCUUGUGAACGUCUUGCAGCUGGUGAUCGUCGAACUUUUCCUGAGGAUGCCAAUUGUGGUCAUCGCGGGGCUCCAGUUCUACCUGAUAGUGAAGGGCGCCUGCUUCCAGAGCAUCCUGGUCUCCCUCACGAUGGUGGACCUGCGCAGCCUGCUCGUCAUGAGCUUCUGGAUGGUGGUGGUCGCGAGCAUCCCGACAGCAAAUCUCAAAAUGAUGGACGUCAUGUGGUACAUGGAGCGCCCUGGUGGUCUGCGCGCCAG